UAUGAGAUCACGUUGAAUAUAAAUAAGAUUGUUUCAAAACUUUUGCAUAUAAAUAAGAUUGUUUCAAAACUUUUGCAUACCGAAUACUUUACGAGAUAUUUGACUUCUAAUAAUCAACAAAUAUUUAAUAUGUCUGAUACGGUACCUGUUCAGCAUGGUAGAACCACCGACCCUACAUCAUCAACAAAUCCCAAACCAAAGCAUAACGAACCCAUAUAUGCAACUGUAAACAAGAAUAUGCGAUCAAAUGUAGUGCCAGCAAUGAAUUGUGAAGAAGUAUCAAGGAAAAAAGAGAUAACAAUAGUAUUGUUGGGAGAGUCAGGUGUGGGAAAGUCCACAUUCAUUAACGCUUUGGUCAACUAUUUGUCGUAUGAAAGUCUGGAUGCAGCCAAUGGUCAGCCCAUAUGUAUAAUCCCUAUUAGUUUUACAUUAACUAAUCCAACGACAUGGGAACCUGUGAAAGUGACACUGGGUGAACACGAUAUGAAUGAAAACACUGAUGAUCCGACUAAAUCUGCCACACAAUACCCCAAAUGCUAUAAAUUUGAAGAUAAUAAUAUUGUGGUCAAUAUUAUUGAUACGCCGGGCAUUGGAGAUACGGCUGGUAUGGAUCAGGACAAUAGAAAUAUGCAAAAUAUAUUAGACUUUAUAAGUAAUUAUCGGGAAAUCAAUGCGUUUUGUGUACUCUUAAAGCCUAAUGAAGCGAGACUUGAUGUUCUCUUUAACGCCGCAAAUAAUAUAAUAUUUCUGUUCACAAACUCGCGGAGCACUCAUUACAUGCCCGGGGAUUCCGGUCCGGCAUUAAUGAGUAUAUUAGAGCAAAUAAGGGAAAGACCACCAAAUGUUGACAUUCCUUAUAACGAGAAUACAAUCUAUUGUUUCGAUUCCGAGUCAUUUCGAUAUCUCGUGGCUUCGGUUCCGCCAAAUAAUAUUGAAUUUGAUUCAAGAUUUAAAUCUACAUAUAUUGAAAGUUGGGACAGAUCCGCAAAAGAAUGUCAGCGUUUAUUUGAGUACAUAUUACAACUCACACCACAUAAAGUGAUGGACACCUUAUCCCUCAAUAACGCCAAACAAAUCAUACAAUUAUUAAUCAAACCGUUGGCCGACAUUACGAAGAAUAUCGCGGAUAACGUAAAGCAAUGCGAAACACAUAAACGUCGCAUCAAAGCUGAACCGGGAAUUGUCACUAAACAAAAUAUACCUAAUGAGCCAAAGACAGUGCCCGCACACCACAAUACAACUCGGGUAAAGUCGGUGGCGUUGACCGCAACCGCAGCCAACGGUCAAGAGCUAGAAAUGCAUGGUUUGGACGAACGGAUCGCCGAAUUAAACGCCGAAAGCGAGACAAUCAUUAACUCUAUGGCAAUGUUUGCCUGUUUUCUGGUCAACAAUGCGUUGACCGCCUGUCCGGACGCUUUCGACGACUACGUCCGGCAUUUGGUGGACAGUCAAGCGGACGGUACGGACGCCGACAGUAGGGCCACAAUCGACCGGUUGGAGCAGUUAUUAAAUAAUUAUCGUCAUAAAAAACAAACGAUUAUUGAUAACCUGCCGGACGGGGCUGUCAUUACAGCUGAGAAUGUUAAUGAAUGUGUUGAAAAACUGUCCAUGAUGACAAUUAACGGCCAUCUAUUUCGCACAAUGCUAAAUACUGAACUUCAGACUAAAGUGAAAAACCACGUGGUACAUAAUGAGAUAAUUUAUAAUGCCCUGCCCAAUACGAGUUACAGCUUAAGCAAGUUGUUUUGCAAUGAA